AUGGAGUACGGUGAGAUCAUCGGAGCCGUGCAACAUGUCGCUUCCUGUGCCGGCAGCUUGCGGCUGGUGAAUUGCGUCGGCGCCGAUCGCGCCCAGUCCUUUGAGCGCCAGGUCCGGGAAACUCUGGAUCUGCUUGGAGGAACGGAUGCCGUCACGGUGCCACAGGCCAUCGCGCUGGUGUGCCAACUGGCCCUGGACUGCAUAGGCUUGACCAAUGCGGUAGACCUGGAGUUGGCUUCGCACAUGACGGAGUGCUUUGACCAGAGCCUGGUCGUGUGGGGCUUCAGUGUGGAGCUGGCCAGGGCCAUUGCCAUGAGCCUCGCCGCGGUGGCGGGGCUGCUGUCACUGGGCAGCCACGACAUGAGCAUCCCGAGCCACCGCUACGCGAAGCGCGCCCAGAUCGCCCCGUAUCUUGAACCGGUGGCUGCGGACUUUGACAUGAUCUCCAUGCAGGUCUACGGGGCCCUCCGCCGAUUCGAGGCUGAAGCAAACAGUGAGGAAGAGAGACAGUUGCAGCGCUCCUUUCAGCUGAUCUGUGUUUGGAUCCUCACGAUCCUGUCCCGCUUCGAAGGCGGUCGCCUGGAGCCCGCUUCGCUGUGGGAGUGGGCCAACGGGGACCCCCAGUGGGCCCUGGUCCUCAGCAAGGGCGUUCUCAGCUCCAGCUCCGAGAGCUCCGGCUCCGAGGACCUCCCACGCGAGCUCCCGGAGCUCAAGAAUGCGGUGCUGCUGGCGCUUUGCGGUCUGCCUUCCCCGGACAUCGCCUUCGGUGGCGAACUGGAGGCCGAUGUCAUCGCCGACGACUUGGGUGUGAUCGGAUGCUUUUCCAUGCAAGAGCGGCUCGUCGGUCUGGAUCUGCACCGAAGUCGGCUGGCACUGGCUGCCUGCGACGCCUCGCUGCUGCAGCCGUUGCUGGGCCACGCGGAGGCGUCUUCACAGAAAGCCGAGUGCGUGAAGGCGCUCGUGCCGUUUGUCGCAGCCCUUGCCAAGCCGGUUCAAAGCCAAGCCGGUGCCUGGGCGGAUGUCAUCGAGGUGAACACGGACACUGGCAUCAGCAAUCAGGCAGAUGCCGCCGGAGUCAUCGAUGCCUUCGUGGCAGAGGCAGCUGGCUACGACAGGAGUCUUUGGAGCCUGGUCUUCGGCCUUGCGCCAGAGGACUUGGAGCUUCGCUGGGUCUCCGAGGUGGCCCAGCUCGCUGCCUAUGUGCCUCCGCCGGCCAAAGAAGCCUCGGAAGCGCUCAGAUCAUGGCUCCAAGCCACUCGCCAACUUCCCGGCCCCUCCCCUUCCUGGACGGCGCACUUUGUGGUCUUCGCGGUGGGAGCGGGCCUCGAGCCGGAGUCCGCAGAAGCCCAGGAGCUGCGAGCGGCGCUCGCGCGCCUCACGGACCAGGAGAGCGCCCAAGUCACCCAGCACCUGGCCAGGUCUCGCGCUCCCGUGCGACGGCCGGAGACCUGGGAGCGCUGGUACUCCUGCGUCGGUGCCAGUGCGGCUGCGGCCUCGGACAUCCCGCUGUCGGGGAAUCCGAGCCUCAGGGAGCGCCUCAAGGAUGCCCCCGCCGAGCUCUGUUGCCCCUCGGCCCACGAAGAGGGAGGUCGGCUUGACGGAAAGUUGCUGGUGGAUCCAGUGCUCUCGCCGGCCGGGCACGUCUUCGAGAGGACGAACCUGGCGAAGGCCUUGCAAAGCACCGGCGGCCUCUGCCCACUGUCCGGACUUCUGAGCCCCUCUGCUUGGCGGAGUGCCCGCGCGCGGCAGAGCUCCGCCUCCAGGCGACGCAGUGGGUGCGGAGUGCAGGGCGCGGGCAAAGGUGACCCGGACGUGUCCUACGAGAUCCUGAGGGCCACGAACUCGAACUCCACCUGGCUCAUCGUCUUGCUGGUGGCCUUCGAAGCCGUGCUGGAGAAGCAGCCCGUCCUGACGUCGACCGGCUGGGACCGGUGUGAUGGAGACGGGGAGAUGCGUGGAAGGGCAUGUAUGCGGCAGCGCCGGACGACCGGUGAUACGUUUGGAGCCAGCGCUGGCAAGGGAAACAAUGUUGGAGCUCCUCCGACUGGCGCCAGUGAGGGAAAGCUGAAGCCCUACGUGGGCUCCGAGUUCCCGCUCGAUCGUUUCAGGGAAGCUUUCAAGCUCAUGGAGGAACGCAAGGCCAGUCAUCGGCAAGUCUGGAUCUUAGCUGUUUCCCGCAGAGAUUCCCUUGAGCACCGUGGUCCUGGCAUGUCCUCGGUCAUCUCCAUGAGCCUCGUCGGCCAAGAGUUUUGGAUAGUCGCUGUAGGCUGCGCCAAGGGCCAGGAGUCGCCUGCCAAGAAGGAUGCGCUCUUGGCACAGUUGAAGCAGUCUCCAGUUCUGCGAGGGGCGCCCGCCAGCAUCCAGGAGCCCUCGAAGUUCGAUGUGCCAGACGGCGAGCGAUCCCUCCUCUUUGGAUCCUUCGACAACCUGAUCCGCCUCACGGACGACCUGGCGAAGGCCGACGGUCAGGUGGAUUCCAUCCUCCACCGCCUGGAGCGCCAGUGCCCGUGGCUGCAGAGGUACGUGGAGCUGGAUGCCAAGGCCACCUUCAAGGUGAAGUCGCAGCGGAAGGAGAUGCCCGUCCUGGACUAUCUGCAGACCUGGUCAUGGGAUGAAGCGAAGUUUCCCAAGAGCCGAUCGAUCUCAGAUACCCUCACCUGGACUAUGUCGGUGGUAAACCACAUCGACGAGGAAGCCCGAAAUAAGACUGGGCAGUUCAAUGAUUUCAAGACUCAGAUGGGCAGCCUUUCAAAGAAGGAUGCCGCGAGUCUUGCAGGCCGUGACCUCAUCGAUGUCCUCACACCCGACAAGGUGAGGGCCGAUGGCGGUCCGGAUGACGAUUUCAUCGUGACGGAGCACCUUACGACCGUUCCGGUCAUUCUGCCGCGAGGCGGCGAGGAAGACUUCUUGAAAGUCUACGAGAAGAUGCAGGAAAACGUCGUGCCGAAGUCUGCCAGACAGUUCAAAGGUAUCGAAGACAAGGAUGGCAACACUUUGUGGCGGGUCGUCAUGUUCCGUAGUGCAGUUGAUGGCUUCAAGAAGAUGUGCAGAGAAAAAAGGUUUACGGUUCGAGAUUUCGAAUACAGCAAGGAUGGCUACCACAAGUUGGAGCAGCAGCGAAAGUCUGUCGAGGAGUCGGUGAAGAGGCAGCGCGAUCUCGUCCAUGGCUUGUACCAGGCCUCCUGGUCUGACGUCUUUGUUGCGUGGAUGCACAUCAAGGCGAUGCGGGUCUUUGUAGAGAGCGUCCUGCGCUUCGGCAUGCCACCCUCCUUUGCUGCCUUCAUCCUGAGCCCCAAGGGCGAUGCGGCCGCCGCGCGGAAGGUUCUGGCAGAGACCCUGGGAAAGCAGGCCGGCGCCAUGGGCACAGCAAUGUCCGAGGCAGACGGGGAUGAGGAGUUCUUCCCGUAUGUCUCCCUGUCCUUCACGCACAUAAUGCAAGUUUUGGGCUUGGGUCACCUUCUCAAAAAUGCCGCGAAGUCCGCCAGGACCCUGGAUGCGCAGCAGAUGUCUGAGCUGCCCAUCAGCAGCAAGAUUCCUGAAGCAAUGCUCUGGGGGCAUGAGCAGGCGCGGUUAGCGGUCAGAGCCCAGAGUUGCAGCAUGAGUUUUGGUAGAGUUUCUGAAUGGUAUUCCAAAGACGUGACUUCGACAGAGGUUGGCGAGUUUGGCGGCUGCGGCCUGCCUGCAAUGAGAGAGAUAGAGAGAGCAGCCCGGACGAACAAGUGCUUCGACCGGGCAUUUUGUCAAGGUGUCAUCUCUGCCAUGGACGUUCCUGCAGUCUCGACGGGGCCGAAGCAUCAGAGAUACUCCGGGCCCCGGGCUUUUCUGCGCAUCGUUGCGGCUCUGCGCCACAGGUCUCUGCCCACGAGGCUUCUCGCCGCAGACCUGUGUUUGCGAAGGGCAGUGCCGUCGGCACGGAGGCUGCCGGCGAGCGGUGCCCAGGUCGAAGACUUCGUUCGUGAAGGACCCCUCUACCGGAAGCUGCUGCUUUGCUGUGCUCCACCUCACAGCUCUGAGUGGCUGAGGCAUGGUGAGGUCUUGGCGGAGCAGCUGGGCCCUAGCCUGCCGGGAUCCACGGAGGAGGAGAAGAUAGCUCGCCGCAUCUACCACUUCUAUUUGCCUGUCUACUAUUGGAUGCGCCACCAGAUGGCCGAGAUCCGAGCGUCGAGAGAGCUGAGGGGCGAGCCGGCAGAAGCGAUCUGCUUUGGCCUUUCGGCGCCUCAAGGCUGUGGGAAGACCACCAUGGUCACUCUGUUUGAGGAGCUGUUCCGUUUGGACGGCCUCAGCUGCGAGUCGCUCUCGAUCGACGACUUCUACCUCCCUGCCAGUUGGCAGGAGGCGGUGUCGGAGCUCCACUCGGAGAACCCUCUGAUGCAGACUCGGGGGAAUGCGGGCACGCACGACGUGCAACUGGGCACCCGAACCCUGAAGGCCCUCAGGAGCCGCAAUGCCGAGGUUGCCUUGCCCCGCUAUGACAAAUGGGCAAAUUCUGGCCGUGGCGAUCAGGUUCCGCAAGCUAUGUGGAAGCCUGCAAAGACACCUUGCGACGUGCUGCUCCUGGAGGGCUGGAUGCUGGGUUUCAAGCCGACGUCCGACUCCGAGGCCGUUGCCAUCCACCCUGGCCUUCGGCUCGUGAACCAGAAGCUCAAGGACUACCAGGCAUGGGAUGACCUCGUCGACUCCUUCUGCGUCCUGGCGGUGGAAGACAUUCGACAGGUCUAUGCCUGGCGCCAGCAGGCCGAGACGCAGAUGAAGCAGACCCGAGGAGCCGGGAUGUCGAAAGAGGAUGUCAAGAAGUUUGUUGACAACUUCAUGCCUGCCUAUGCGGCCUACCGUCAGACACUUUACGCAUCAGCUGCUGCUGAAGGUGUGGAUGGAAAGCCCUCGCUCUUGUGUUGGGUGGGGCCUGAUCGGCUGCCCUAUGACGAGUCGGAAGCGUAG